UGAGCCCUUCAUGUCUGAAGAGAAUGAACACUGCAGACUGCCCGGCCGCCAUCUUAGCUGUACCGCGGCUCUCUCUCAGCAGUCAGCAGUCAGCGUGUGAUCUGAUCUAUGUUCUGUGUGUUGUAUUUCUACUGAGGUCAAACUCUCAGUCUAACAGCCACCAACCACCAACCAUCAACCACCAGAGAGCGGCUACCCAGCAGGAAGGUUUUGUCGUGAGUUGCCUGUUGAGAGCACCCAGUAUACCAGGCAGGAUGGAGUCGGGUAUUUUGAACAUAGAGGAGAUAGUGAUGGGAGGGUUGCCAGAUCCACCUCCUGAAGCUCCCCCUGCAAAGCCAGCAGUACCAUACAAACCCGUCAUUUUGAAUGGACCUCCUGCACCAGCCGUUCAAUCCUACCAGCAUGAAAACCUGCAGUGUUUCCAGUGCUUCAUCACCUUCUGCAGUGCCAAAGCCAAGGAAAGGCAUAUGAAGAAGAGCCACCGGGAAGAGUACAAGCAGCAGCUUCAGCAGGGAAACACAUUGUUCACGUGCUAUGUGUGUGACCGAUCAUUUCUGUCAUCUGAGGAACUGACACAGCACCAGCCAACACACAGCAAGGACGCCAAACCCUUCAAAUGCGUGCACUGCCAGGAGUGCUUUAAAACGUUCUCUGAACUAACAGCCCACAGAAGACAGGUGUGUCCAGAGAAACAGAUGAUAUGUAAAGAUUGCAAUGAAACCUUCCGAAGUGCUGGACUGUUGCGUACUCAUCGCCUGACCCAGCAUCCCCGCCCAGAGGUAGAGGCCGCAGAACAGCCGGAGGACUCUACGAAAACCCACCGCUGUAAGAAGUGUGGUAAUGGCUUUGAAACAGAACCAGAGCUGAUAGCGCACCAGGAGAAGUACCCCGAAGGGCAGCAGUGCAACGGCAGCGCUUCAUCCGUCAAGAAACGAGGACGGCCUGCCAAAGCUGAAGACCCGGCAGCUGCUGAGAAAAAGGGAAAGCGGAAAAAGAAGGACGAGGCAGAAGCGCCCGAGGAGGCGGUGGUGAAGGCCAGCAGCACAUCAGAGCCGGCUGCACCUCCAGCAGAGGAAAAAGGAAAAGCAGGUGGAGCAAAGCGUGGCCGUCCUCCUAAAGCAGCAGUGAAAUCAGAAACGGAAGAUACGAAGAGUCCUGAGGAUGACAGUCUGGCUGCAGCAAAAGAGAAGAAACCUAAAGCGGACGCCGCUCCUCCGGCUCGUCAGCACCCCUGUCCUGAAUGUGACCUCGCGUUCCCUGGAUUGAUUCAGCUCCGUGCUCACAAGAAGGAGAAACACGCCCCACGGAAAGCCCAUCCCUGCGAAGAAUGUGAAGAGAGCUUUGCCCGUCCCGAGCAGCUGGACGCCCACAUGUCACGGGCUCACGCCGUGGGCCGCCUCGCCUGCCCAACCUGCGGGAAGAGCUUCGGCCGCGAGCGCACCUUGAAAGCUCACCAGAAAAGCCACCCGGAGGAAAAGCCUGAAAACCCAAGUGCAAAGAGAUAAUUGAGACAUGAGGACCUUGCAGAAAGUGUAUGGUUUUUGAAGAUUUUAGUCAGGAAUUGUCUUUUUUUUCUCUUUUAGCUGAUGCUCCUGAUGAUGCUUCAGAGUUUGGAAUGGUUUUAAAAAUAAUGUUUUAGCAAGUUUUGGUUUUGAAGUUGAGUUUGAUUAUGAACUGUUGAAAUUUUGGAUAAACAGACGCAUCUCUUAAAUUGACUAACCAAAUGUAAUCUAUUACACCCUUUGCCACAAAACAUAGUUUAUUUGUUAAAAAAAAAAAAAAAAAACUGUUUUGAUUAAUUUUUUUAAUGAUUUGUUUCCGUUUUUUAAGCUUGAAAUGCGUGUGGUGUGAAUUUAUUAGUCUUGAGUUCAACUCACUGUGGUAAAAAAGGUUUGUUUUUUUAUGUUUUUUUCCUCUUUUUUUUCAAAACAAAUUGGGUAAGUACAUAUUUUAAAGCAAAUUAGAUGCCUAGUAGAGAUACUAUGUUUGAAUGUUUAGACAGUUUGUCAAAAGAAAUGUUUUAUGUACAGCUUCUGGUUCAUAUUGUGCAUUUUUUUACUUUUAAUAUUUUGAUUAUGUUCCUCUAAAUUAUGUCUCAUUGAGGAAGAAUUUUGAAAUAACAUGAUUAUGUUCUGCUAAAAAAAAUUGAUUUUGGCUUAGUGCUCCAGAUUCAAUGUGGAGUGUUUGGCAUGUGGGCAGAAAUGAUCCACUAUAAUCCUGAUUUGUCUAUGGUAAAAAUUAUUUCUUUUAAUUUUUCACCUAUUAGAAUGAUAUUUCAUGUCUUAAGACAUUUCUUACAUGGAACUCAUGACUCUUUAAUGCCUUAGAGUCCCAUCAGAAACUGUGUAUAUCAUGUGUUUUUCACUGAUUGGAUUGUUUCUCUCCCCACUGCAAUGUGUCUGGACACUGCAAAAAUGUAAUAAAACAUGCUAUCCCAAGGGAGGCUGCUGAAGAAAUAA